GAAUUUUUAUAGUUGAGAGUUUAAGCUUCCGGUGGUGGUGGCGUUGUCGCAGGGAACCCUUAGAGGAUUGGGUUAUGGGCACUUCGAAGACGGUGAUGUGUUCGCUGACCCACUUGCGCCCGCUAACAUGCGCCGCAUCUGCAUCGGCGUCACGAAUAGUUCCCUACCCACCCGACCUCCUAAAGUGGGUAACCAGAGAGGGCGGGUUCGUCCACCGCGCGCUGGAUAUAGCACAACUCGGUUCAUCCAACGGACUGGGUCUAGUGGCCAAGGACCCGAUUCCACGUGGCAGUGACCUAAUUGUCCUUCCGCACCACCUUCCCCUGCGCUUUACCACUCUUGAACACGACCCUCUGCUGCAUCACUUGGCGCGCCAAAUCCCUGAGGAACUAUGGGCAAUGAAACUGGGUUUGAAGCUUCUGCAAGAGAGGGCAAAAGUUGGGUCCUUCUGGUGGCCGUACAUUAGUAAUCUCCCUGAAACAUUCACCGUGCCUAUUUUCUUCCCUGGGGAGGACAUAAAGAACUUGCACUAUGCUCCACUUCUUCAUCAGGUAAACAAAAGAUGCCGGUUUCUUCUUGAUUUUGAGCAAGAAGUGAAGCGUGCCUUAGCAAGUGUUAAGCCAGAUAGCCAUCCUUUUGGUGGUCAAGAAGUAGAUGCAUCUUCUCUUGGAUGGGCAAUGUCAGCAGUCUCAUCUAGAGCAUUCAGGUUGUAUGGUGAAAAGGAUCAGAAUGGGGACCGAAUUCACAUACCCAUGAUGCUCCCUCUGAUUGAUAUGUGCAAUCAUAGUUUCAAUCCAAAUGCUAGAAUUGUUCAGGAAGAAGAUACCGAUACCAUGAAGAUGCAAGUGAAGGUUGUGGCUGAGACAGCAAUCAAAGAAGAUGACCCUCUGUUACUUUCUUAUGGCAGUUUAAACAAUGAUUUUUUCCUUCUUGAUUAUGGAUUUGUGAUUCACUCAAACCCUUUUGAUUGUAUUGAGCUCAAAUAUGAUGGUGCUCUUUUGGAUGCUGCAAGCACUGCGGCUGGAGUUUCUUCACCAAAUUUCUCAGCACCUGCUCCGUGGCAGGAACUGAUUUUAUCUCAGUUGAAUCUAUCUGGAGAAACUCCAAAUCUCAAGGUGAGCUUAGGUGGUGAAGAAACAGUAGAUGGCCGCUUGGUGGCUGCAUUGCGAGUAGUCCUUUCGAGUAAUGUGGAAACUGUGCAGAAGUAUGAUCUCAGUACCCUCAAGUCUUUGGAUGUUGAGGCUCCUCUCGGUGUUGCACAUGACAUAGCUGUAUUUCGCACCCUAAUUGCUUUGUGCGUCAUUGCACUGGAACACUUUCCGACCAAAAUAAUGGAUGAUGAAUCUCUGUUAAAGCAGGGUGCUUCAGGUUCAACCGAGUUAGCCAUUCAGUACAGAAUCCAAAAGAAAUGCGUGAUUAUUGACGUAAUGAAAAAUCUCUCAAGGAGGGUAAAGCUUCUAUCAUCAAAGGAAACAGCUACCGCUGAAGGCUGAGUGUAACGUGCUCUAAAGUGAAUGCUACGCUCACAAUGAAUCCACUUUCAGCUGAAUGCGGCGCUUAUUCAAACACACGUUGGGUGAUUAAGUUGAACGUGCCGCUCAUUCUAUGAUUGUGAACGAUUUGUUAUUUGCUUGCUGUUAUGAAUAUCCCUUUUUCCUUUCAUUCUCUUUUUGAUUUGUUUGCUAUGUUACUGGAGAGUGUAAUUUUGAUUGACCUAGUUACUUAAGCCGUUUGACAAUUUUCUGCUGAAAUAUAAGCAGUGCUAAUUUUGUUUUA